AUGAAAGGUGUUAAACGGUUUGGUAAAUGGGGAAAGCUUUUCCUGAGAUAUAUUGGUCCGUACAGAAUUGUAGAUCGUACUGGAGCUGUCUCAUACCGACUAGACCUUUCAGCAUCGAUGUCGGGUGUGCAUGAUGUAUUUCAUAUCUCGAUGCUCAAGAAACACUUACAAGACGAAGAACAACAGAGAGUGGUUGAUGUACCAGAUUUAGAACUUCAGACGGAUUUGACUACAAUUGAGACCCCGAUCAUCAUUCUUGCAAGGGAGAACAAGAAGCUCCGGAAUAAAGUCAUCCCAUUAGUAAAGGUACAGUGGAACAGGAAGGGAGUUGAAGAAGCUUCCUAG